AUCUAGACACGUCGUCAAACAACAUAGAAGAGGGUUCGCAACGCAAGACACUGCGACCAACCAAUAUCGGGGCCAACCUUGCAAACAAGCCACCGCGGCACCAGCAAACGCCAUCCAAUGCAUGUAUGACAUAUUCUCAAGCCGAGUAUAGUCAACCGAGAGUGCCGCUGGCAAGGAUUUGGCACGGUCACAGUCGCCUCGCGCGCGCCUCCGCUGAGUUGCCCAGACCCAGGCGAUGACCCCAACUCGAACUGUGCGUUGAGUAUUCUCCUCAUUUUAUCGUCGGUGAUUAUAUAGCCGACAUCUCGGGAGGCUCGCUUUGCUUCCCAGUUUCGUCGGGUGGAGUCCAGGAGACCAACAUCUUGGUAGCCUGCCGUCGCUCGCUAAAAAUGACAGCAGCGAUAUCGUAUAUGUCUGGCCCCGAGACGGGGAAGCCGGCGGCACUGUUACGCCUGCUUGGGCGCCCAAAGCCUGCGCUGCCGUUAGGCGCUCGCGCGGCGUCAGUCUCAGCGCCGAUGGAGGAUUCUUCAGCAAUAGCAAGGCAGUCUGCAUGCUUUGGUGCUUAUGAAUGCAUCAACGCGGCACCGACACCGGAAGCGCCAACAGCCACAGCCAGCGGCGGCGCCGAGGCCAUGGAAACCAUGGACAUGUCAGAACUCCCAGGAGCGCUGCCAGUGGGGGUGUGGGGCUCCAGCGCUUGGUGCACCUGCACCGGCCCGAAGACUCUGGCGCACGCGGCCGCAGACACCCCGGCAGCUUGCGGACCAGCUUGCGCACCAGCUUGCGCAGCAGCUUGCGCACUAGCUCUGGCACCAGCCCCACAGGCUGCAGCGGGAACGACGCGACUCGUAGCACUCCCAGAGCUGCCGGGCGGCCUGCAGGCAACGUCGUCGUCGUCGUCAUCACCACCACCACCACCGACACAGGCACAGCCGCCGCUCUGGCCGGCAGCGCUGCCGGUGCGCUGCGUCGUGCAGCAGACCUCGCCGCCGCGGCCUACGCGCCCCGGCUUGGGCAGCAGCAGUGUCAGCAGCAACAGUAGCCGCGCUGGCGGCAGCCUGGCAGACCCGACGUCUCGCCACUGGCAGGGGCAAGGGCAGCGCUCGCCCUCGCCGCCCCGGCGGCAGCUGUCCCCGGGCCGCUGGCGCGCAGGCGCCACCGCGGGCCUCGGCGGUCCAGGCCUGAACGGCCGCGGCCAUGCUGCUACCCCCUCCACGCCACCGCCGCAGCCACCGCCGCAGCCACCGCCGCACCACCCGCAGCAACAGCUUCACCAACAGUGCACACACUACAUUGGCGGCGGUUCUCAAGGCGCCGGCAGCGCCGCCGUCCUGAACAGCAUGACCAACCUGUUCAACUGCAGCAGCAACAAUAAGCACAGCGGCUGUGCGAGUGACUCAGACUGGGACUCCGACUCGGACGCAGAGCGCUCGGGCGCAGGGCGGGCGGUGCGGCGGCGCCGGGCCGCGCCAUGUGCGGGUGCUGGCGGCGGCGGCGGCGGCGGCGGCGGCUACACCUGCUGCUGUUGCGGUGCAAGCGGCGGCGCCUGUGCACCGGGCCUGCACGGCGCACUGACUACUUUGCAGUCGCAGCAGCCCCCCGCUGCCGCGCAUGACCACCACCAGAACCAGCAGCAGCAGGCGCCGCCGGCGCUGCCCCCGGCGCUGCGGCAGAAGCCCAAGUCACGGCUGUGUGAGCAGGUGCAGGCGAUGGUGAGUGAGAGCCUUACUGCCGCGCUCCGGCUGCAUGGCCUGCAGCAGCAGCAGCAGCAGCAGCAGUCGCCCGCCUUCAAUGCGGGCCGCGGAAGCGGCUGCGGCGCUAAUGACAGCGGCGGCGGCGGAGCAGGCGGCGGCGGCGCGCUGGCAUUCGGCGCUGUGUACAGCACGGGAACAGCAAUGGGAAUGGCCGGGGUGAAGGCGGUGGCGGCCGGCGGGCAGGGGUGGGGCCGAGAGGCGGCGCCGCGCCAGCGCAGCAUUGGACUGACGCGGAAGCGGCUGCUUCAGUAGUCAUGGUUAGCGCACGAACAGCACAUGGAUGGGAGAACCAUGAUAUGGAUUACGAAUGACCGCAGGCGUUCACCAUUCUUGAAAAGAACCGUAGUGCUGGCACCAAAAACUUCAUGCUAAGCUUCCACAGCGUAUGGUUGAAGUAAAAUGGUUGAAGGACAUUUGUGUACGGUAAUGUAAAUAGUAGAUAGUACAGAGAGCUUCCCAUUCUUAACUGUGGCGCGAGUGGGUGGCAAAUUCUAUUACGUGCGCCAGCCCAUAUGAUUGCUUGCUUCUGACAGAAUUGGGCUUGUUGCUUGGGCAUUUGCAAACAGUGCCGAGGGCAGUGCGACUGUGGGACGAUUCCUUUCAAGGCUGAGUAGAGAAAGGGGUUCAGAACAUCUGGGGUGUAGUGACUCGCGGACGCUGUGCUAUGUAUAUACCUCAUAUUGGACCGUGUGCGUCGCGUGUUUGGCGAUGUUGGGACAACAAGGCUGCAGAGCCGUCGGCUGUCGUUGCGAGGCUGCAGUUGCUAACAGGGCAGGAGACAGCCCCAGGACAGCCCCGGGACAACCGGACAGACUUAUUUCGGGCUAAGUAGACGCUUCAGUUCCUUCCCUGGGUGGCAGGUAGCGAUUUUGACACGGUCUUGUGCAACGACACGAACUCUGUUAUGAACGAGCGCCCUGCAAUGGUGUGUCGUAUUUGGGGAGUGGAGCGGAGCGGAGACGACGGGAUGAGGCGGGUGCUGGUGUGGGUGCAGGACCUGAGACGAACUGAUGCAGGGAUCGGCGCUAGGGGCAGCUCAGAGGUACUUGUGAAGGGACCAGUACUAGGGGGCUCCGGAUCCGGGCAGGCGGCGGGGAAUGAGAUGCGGCCGGAGGGGGAUAGCUAGCACAACACGACACGAGCUGGACUGUUCGCCACACAUUCACCACGGCACAUUCAUAAUCUUUUUGUUGUUCACAUCGGUCAUACUUGCCUUUUGCCUACGUAUGGGCAGCGCCGCUUUGGAACCCAACCACACAUACCAAACCAGGUGAUGAGCGAGGCUUUUAUGGAGGAGUGGAUUCUUGUGUGGCCCAGCCGAAGCAAGCAUUCCUUCGGGAGGACGAGCUGGAUCAGUAAUGUGCAUGAUGGGCAUCAUCCACAAAUGUGACACGUAAGGGUGUUCGCCCAGAGGUACAUGUGUGCUGGUACCCAGCCAGGGGCCCAUUGUACCUGACGUUGUAAGUUGCGUUCGAC